GAGAGCUGUAGUUCUGUAGCUUUGGAUUCUAAGGAUGAAGUGAACCCUGUUUAUUCAGCUCUCUAAGGCAUAUCGUUACAUUAUCUAAAGCUCACUAUACGAUCGCGCGGCCAUCUGGUGGCCGUCCAAAUAAUACCUUAUAAUCCUAAUCCCCUCUUGAGUAAAUCAAUUUGAUUACCACUAAUAGGAAGAAGAUCUAUUCCGAGUUUUACUCGACGAAGAUAUCCCCCUUCAUAGCAGCAAACGCCAUUAGUACCUCUAUCAUGUCGAGCACCACUCCUAUAGGGUAAGACCCGUUUCAAGGAACCAAGUUACCCCGCUCUCCCAUUACUCAACUUCAUAUGGAGCCAGAGCAAGCCGAGGGACUUCCACUCCUCGGAGAAGGUGUCAACACUGGUAGCAGAGAAAAAGGCAAGGGUCGAGAUACCAUGCCGCAACCGCCCGCCGAAGAUAAAUUUGAAACUCUCAGAUUGCUACAACCACUCGCUGCAUCAGUGCAGGAGCUUCAUGGCCGCAUCUCUGAUCUCGAGGUCGGGGCGACAGCGAGCAGGCACUCCUCAAGCCCAGCUUUGCAACCUUAAGACGCACCUGACGAGGUGCGCGGACACAGCCGUCCUGAGGUCCUCAUUCCAUCUAUCGAGCGCGGUUCCAACCCCUCCGAAAAACUGAAGAAACCACGCCACAGGCGCAGGAAUAACCAAAAAGACAACCUUCGGAAUCUAUAUCGAGCAACGAUGACCGCCUAAAGGGGACCCGCUUUGGGCAGGAGACUCACUCACCCCGACGUUCGUCGCAGCGCCGCUCCACUACGGCAGCGACGGGUCGUCCCUACUUACUUCCCCAAGCCCACCAAUCUUACAUCGAAAUUGAACGAUGGGAUGGAGCCUAAAGCCAACUUAUGGUUACUAUUGGUUUCAGAGCGGUUGGAGCUUUACGAAAGCUCGCUCACCUCCGAAUCGCAAAGACGAUCUUACGUAGUAGACCAGACAGAAGGGGAAACUCAAGAGCACAUCCUUGCAUUGUACAUGCAAAUACCCAAGUUGACUGGCCAAGAGCUAGCUUAUCAACUUGCCGCCAUCUACCGUAACCCCGCAGAGGUAGAUCACGCUCGCACCGAAUAUGAGCACUGGGUGAUGCCCAAUACGACCCAACGAGGUAAUUUUAUAGUAUGGUACCGGAAAUUCCGACUACUGACUACCCAAGCCGAGGUUACGAAUCAACAAACCCUUCUCCGAGAUCUGGAUAGAAAGAUUUCGGACUUCUUGGCUCGGGCCGUAGCACUUCACCACAAACCUUGCACCACUGUCGGCGCACUAGCUGAUAAGCUCACCGAAAUUGACGAACUUGAGGUUUCGAUUCGAGAGCGCAACCGCUAUAGGCCAGCUAGAGAGGUCGCAAAGAAACCAGGUGCAAGUUCGAAUUCGCACCAAUUGACAAGUAACAUCCCUCGCUCGGGAACCGAAACCCCCUCACCAGAUCAAAGUUUACAUCGAUCAUAAAGCACUUGAAUAUGUCAUGUCUACAAAGUCAUUGAAUGCUCGGCAAGCACGGUGGGCAGAGGCCCUGGCUAACUACAACUUUCUUAUUAUGUACCGCUCUGGUAAAGACAACUUUCUCGCCGAUGCACUCACCCGUCACACCGACGAAUUGGAUCCGCAGAACCAUACGGAAAAGAACCGCCUUCAGCAGUUGAUCAAGAAUGAUCGAAUUGACACCCAGAUUCUAAGCGAAACCCUACGAAUGCAUCACUCAGACGAAAUCUCGAUUGCCAAUAUAGAUAUAUAAGGGCUGUUGCACCUAGAUUCAAUUUGAUCAAUCGUAUCAUUGAAGCAAAUAAGACCUCGAACAGCCUCUCAGCAUUGAGAACGCAAGCUGCCCAAGGUCAUAAACAUAUAUCUCUUCUGAAGGGUUUGCUAUUAUAUGAGAACCGCCUGAUGGUGCCGGACGUUGACAACCUACGGACUUACCUAAUUCGAAAGAUUUAUAAUUCUGUAUCGACAGCUCACCCUGGAGUAGGCAAGACCUACCUCUCAAUGUCUGAAUAGUUCUAUUGGCCGAGAAUGUAGGGAACAAUUGCUCAAUACUUAUGAAACUGUCAUACCUGCAAGCGCAGCGCCAUACUGCACGAUCGAAACCCUAGCUUUCUACAUCCUCUUCCUACCCUCACUCGAGCAUAACAAUACGUCACUAUGGAUUAUUGUAGCUUCAAUAAAGACAAGCACGGAUAUGAUAAUAUAUUCGUCACCAUCGACCGACUUACUAAGCAAGCAACCUCCAUGCCUUAUUACAAGACAAUUGAUGCUCGAGAAGAAAGCACCAAAAACCCUAUUAUUUAGAUUCUCGUAGCUUAAUAGCGAUACAGAUCUCACCUAGUAUCUUACUUCGGACCUUAAAACGUCACCGCACCUUCUGCGAGAUUUCCAUCUGGAAAACCCUACGAAACCUGGCCCUCCUAACCAAUUACUCAGCUGGAUAAAGCUCGCCUAUGAAACAAAGAGAUAAAGAAACGUUUCUAGCCUCAAGCCCACUCUGAAUUCAUCGAAUAAAAGAGUAAAAUCUGAAAGAAUCACACCCCAGGCCGGCUCGGCAUAUUCUAACCAUUUUGAAUCAAUCAGAUCAAUUGAACAUAGUCGAUUACAUUAACCCCGUCACGCCGUCACACCGCCAUGGUAGCCAACUCGGUUGCCUUGAUCAAAUUGGUCAAAUUGGCCAAUUGAUCUGGUCGAUUUGACGCAUUUGGUCAAUUUCUAGUAAAUUGCCCAAGACAACCACCACGACUUAUUUCAUUAAAUCUGAAUUGAGAGAUCGAUUCAGAAUUAGUAGAAGUAGCCUUUCCAGCUUAGGUAGUGUAAAUAAAGAAGCUCGAGGGCGAGCUCUUCCGAAGGGGAGGGUAGUGUCACGAGUCACCCACAUUCAGGUAAAUCACGUGGGAUAACGAAGAAGCUGAUGGUCCGUUCGCACGCGAUCGGAUUUAGGUGAUUUACUAUGGGAAAAAGGUGGUGGUAAGAUCGAAUAAGAACGCAGCCGAAGCCGCUCCGUUAGUGUGCGAGAACAUGUAUAUAAAGGGCCUCCCCGAGAGCUGUAGCUCUGUAGCUUUAGAUUCUAAGGAUGAAGUGAACCCUAUUUAUUCAGCUCUUUAAGAUAUAGCGUCACACUUUUCAAACUCAUAAUCCUGAUGAGUCUUACCGCUUGUGUGUAUACUUUUCUUAUACAAGCCGAAGUUAGAGUAAGGUUUAUAAUAAUAUCGAAAAACCGAACAACGUUAUUAAGUCAAUUAAGGAAAAUCUAAAUAAAUUCUUCGAUUUUAUUUACCCAGCAGCUGUAUUUAUCGCAAACUUGGCCAGUGGGACACAGUAGGAGUCGGUGGAACAACAGAGAACGAAGGUCCACAUGGGGGAAUUGGGUUUUAUUACAAUGUAGAGCUUCUUGCUCAAUACAACCAUUAGUUUCAUACUAUAUUUAUAAGAAUUACAACCAGUUCCA